AGGUAGGGGAGGGGCGGGGGAGGAGCGGUUUCCUUGACGUGGACGGUCAUUUCCGUAAAGAGACUAUGGAGCAAUAGCGGCGUGUCGAGUCCAAGCGAUCCCCGCAUUAACCUUAAAUCGAGACGGGGAUUUGGCCGUCAAUCCCGUUUGGGUUCACACGGGAGUCACACACAGACUGAUCUCUUUUGCUCCCGCCCCGCCCCGCCGCCUGCUCCUCCUCCCCCCCCCACCCCCCAGCUCAGCUACAAUCAUGAUAAAAGCCAUUUUAAUAUUCAACAACCACGGCAAGCCGAGGCUGUCCAAAUUCUACGAGCAUUACAGUGAAGACACAGAGCAGCAGAUCAUCAGGGAAACUUUCCAUUUGGUGUCCAAAAGAGAUGAGAAUGUCUGCAAUUUUCUAGAAGGAGGAAUGUUGAUCGGGGGAUCCGACUACAAGUUGAUCUACAGACACUACGCCACGUUGUACUUUGUGUUCUGCGUGGAUUCCUCAGAGAGUGAACUAGGAAUUUUAGACUUAAUACAGGUAUUUGUGGAAACACUGGACAAAUGCUUUGAGAAUGUCUGCGAACUUGACCUCAUUUUCCAUGUAGACAAGGUUCACAACAUUCUGGCGGAGAUGGUGAUGGGGGGGAUGGUACUGGAGACCAACAUGAACGAGAUCAUCACCCAGGUGGACGCCCAGAACAAGAUGGAGAAGUCAGAGUUCUUUCCAUUCUUCUCUCUUUACAGACGUUUAUCUUUCAGUCUACCAGGCAGGACAGGUAGACGCAGUCUUUCCAUAUGGACCCACCCCAUGAAAAAAUAAGUCAAAUAACUUCACUAACAUGCACAAGUAAUCUUUCAUGACAGACCCAAAAAUGUCUACAUCUUGGGCUGAAAUGAUUAAUCGAAUAACAGGAGUAAUUCAAUUACAAAAAGUGUGGACGCCAAAUCUCUGCCUCGAGGCCUCGCAGUCGUCACUCUUCACGCAAUGUUACUGCAGAAGAAGCAAGUUAAUGAGGAGGAAAGAAUGCGAAAAAGACAAUGUCCAAAGUUUGAAAUCAUUUCACACUUAAAAAAAUAAAAAUAAGAUCAAGUACGACGGUUCAACAGCACGUCUACGAUCGCCAACACAAGAUCGGCGUUAGCUGAUGUCAUAUAGCAUACCACCGCUAGUUAGAAGGUAUUGGAAUACCCUCGCAAGUGGUCAAGGAUAGACACAGCUGCCGGUGCACUUUCAAUCGCUUUAUCGAACAAAGGGUAACAAAGUAAACACAUAAUAAGCGCAUUCAUACACGAGCUGCUACGGCCACAACUGAUGCCCAGGCAUUUAACACGCACGCCAGCUAACAGCCAGCCGCUGACCUGAGCUCACAACAACCAACUCUACACUCUUAAUUUCCUUAAUUUUCUUCAUUUCCACGCCACUCACCAGGCCAGGCCCCACCUUCUGAAGGCACACACAAAGUCACAGAUAUUAUAGUGUGGAACGUGAGGGUGAUGACCCCAAGCGGACAAAAUAAUAGCUGCACAUCACAUGCACAUUUUGUAUUUUAAGAAUGGAAAAUGAACUUUUAUACAAUUAAUCGAUAUGAUAACCAAUAGACGAAUCGUUGCUAGAAAUAUUCGAUUGCCGCACCCCUAGUUUUAAGUAAUGUUUUAACAUUCCUACUGUCAGUGUUGGGAAGAAUACUUUGGAAAUGUAAUUGUUUACAAUUACAAGUUACCAUGUUGAAAAUGUAAUAGUAGUGUAACUAUCUAACUUAUUUUCUCAAAGGAAUGCAACUAAUUACAUUUGAUAACAUUUUGAUUGCUUUUCUUCAUUUUGAAUGAAUGCAUCAACAGGACCCUUGGAUGUCAUCAAAAAAAGUGGAUUAAAACCAUAGGUCAUUAUUUUGGAAUUAACCACAUUUGUUCUUUACACAAAUAAUAAACUGAUGAAAUAACAUGAUGAAAUGUAAGUACAUAAAUUAAAAAAGAUUGUUUGUUACGUUAUGUGUACAGCAUGUGGAAAAUGUGAUACCAUAUUGACCUAAUGACAAAUGUGCACAAUUUAGAAAAUGUCGCUUCUUGUGACAACACAGAAACUGAAACGGUUCAAAAGUCAAUGUUCUUUUAUGUGUUCAAAAGUACAUCUGUGAGUCUAACUUUUUCAAAAUUCCAGACAAACUAACAGAUUGCACUACAAGGUGGUACUUCGAGGUCAUAUUUUGAGAAGUAUGUCAUGUGUUUGAGAUUUCAGCAAAAUGGCACAUGACCAGAGCCAAUCACAAGUGUCUGCUUUAGAAGGAGGAAUUAAUAUGAAAAAAAAAAAAAAUAAUCUGAGCUUUUGCAUCUGUUUUUCAAAAGUAACUAAAAUUGUAAUCUUGGAAAUUUCCAAAAGCAACUGUAAUUUAAUUACACAUUUCCCCCCCUUAAUGUAAUGAUUACAUUUACAUAAUUGUGUAAUUAGUUACUCCCAAACACUGCUUAUUGUCAUGCAAGUUUUAAAAAAAGUUAACCACUGUUAAAACAGACAUUACUCAUUCUUCUUAAAUCUCACUGAUAGUGAUAUUAAAAAAAUACUUUGACGUCAAACAGACAUAUUGAUAUUUGACACUUAUUUUUUUUUUGUAGUGAUGCUGAAGCGUAAGACAUGAGAUACUGUACAUUAUUGAUAUUCUGUCCCACCUCUACUUCAACUAUCAAUAUAAUAUCAUAAUUGCUUUCCCCCCCCCCAUCCAUCUGUUUUGUAUCACAUUUGUCUUCAUUAAAGUCACGGUUGAGCUGGAGUCUAUCCCAGCUGACUUUGAGCGAGAGGCGGCGUACACCUUGGUCUGGUCGCCGGCCAAUCGCAGAGCACAUAUAGACGUACAACCUUCCACAGUCACAUUCACACCAAUUGACAAAUUUAGAAUCUUCUCCCUCUCUUUAGAAUCCAUUGCAGAAUCUCAGUAUCAUUUUGCAUUAUUCUACAAUUUCUUCUCCUCUUCUAAAGGAUUUGCUCAAUCGGUGCCAUGACACCGAACAUCACGGAUUGAGCCUCUGUGCCGAACGCACGUUAUGACCAGCGAUCCAUUGGGAAAGUCAGUGGAGUGGAGGAAUGUACAUUCCUAACAUGUCAGAUCCAAUGCAAUGGAUGUUCAGCUUUGUUCACCAGUGAGCGGUCACUUUUGGGUCUGUCGUGCGUAAAAGAUUCACACAGAAGGGUUGGGGGAUCUCUAACCACAGUGAUUCUCAAAUGUGGAUGAUGAUUCAUUUAUUGUUCCAUAAACUGCAGAGGUGCAUUUAAAUCAGUGAUUCCCAACCUCUAUGGCGCAGCACGUUAGUGUGUCGCGAGAGAUCGUCAGGUCAGCUGUGGAAAAAUGAUCCAAGUUCACUUUAUUGGUCGAAAAAUUAUUUGGUACAAAUAAUUUAUCUUUCUUCGUCUAUCUAUGCUAGCCACUAGAUCAGUGAUUUUAACUGUGGUAUGGUACGCGGGCUCUCUCGGCUGGUACGCGACAGAAUCCCUGCCCAAAUUCAGUUGUAUUUAACUCUUGAGUUCAGUACAUUUCCAUUUAAUCUUGAACAGUUAGAGUUAAAAUAUUUAUUUGGGUACCUUUUUUUUAUCUAACUUUUAUUUGCAAUAGAUUACGAUUGAAUCAUUAUUUAAGUACAGUUUUAUUUUCCUCUCUUUUAAGCUUAGUGUUAAAAUUCAAACUUUCCCACGUUACAGCGGCUUACAAUAAUAUUAAAUAUAAUUUUUAGGAGUAAAAUCUCUAAUUUUAAGGUUUCAGUUAUCACGAUUUAAUGCUGUAAUUCAAUUAAUUGUGCUGCAUUUCUGGUGUGCCCGCCUUGACCACCAGGGGGCAGUAUGAUACAGUCAUGCAGACAAAAAGAACAAUAGUACUUCUACUACUACUGUAAGUGACUCAAUAAGAUGCUGUAAUAUUAGCUUUUUUGUAGAGGAUAAAGAAUAUAUGUCUAAAAGUAUUGUUAUAUUAGCUGUCUGCAUGUGUUGCUCCACUGUUUGUGCUCAAAUUGUGUCGCUUAUAGAGUUCUAAGACUGCAACUACCAAUGCUAAACAUUAGCAUUUCAAUGGCAUUUCCCAUUAUAUGUUAGCAUUAAGCUAGGAAGCCAGUCUUAAGGCAACAUUGUUUGGUCAUGUUAAAUACAGUGUGUAAUUAUCCUUGUUUCAUGUUUAGUUUGACAGUGCACUUCAACUGGGGGUCAUUUUUGAUGAAUUGUUCACAUUCAUUAUUUGUCUCACUGCUGCUAAUUGUGAAGUGAGCUGAAAUGAGUUCACUGGCACCAGGUGCCGCUCGUAUCUCUAGUUUGCGCUCACAAGUCAAAGCAAAACAAAUCGGUCGAAUGAUGGUUUGUAUCUAGAAAAACUUGGAAAUCGGGUCACGUAUCUCAAGGCACCACUGUACAGUACUUUUUUGGUGACAUUUUUGUUGGGUGGUUUCCGUGUGAUUUUUUCCUCAUGUAAAAUAUGUGCCAUGGCGCAAUGGUUGGGAAACACUGCUCUAAAUUGUUCCAGUUGCGAUUCACUGUGUUAGAGUGACUUACCUCCUCUGUCCACACAUCAGAUUUUCCAGUUUAGUUGAGUGCCAGCCUUACAACCUCCCCCACAUGUCAUCAGUAGCUACCGGUUAAUACGGGUCUUUUUGUUCCUGCAUCCCCCAAAAAACGCAGUUAGAAAACAAAUAAGACUACCUCUUGGGUUUAGCUCUAACAAGAUGUGAUGUAUAACCUUCAAUGUAGUGUUGUAUUAAGCCCUCCCCCCACUCCUUUUCAUUCAAAACAUACUGUACCUUUCCAGUCUUCAUUUGCAAAACCAUACUCCAAUUCUCUCCUUGCAUUUUUUAAAAACACAAAUGGGCCCCUACUGUCCGGUGGGUUCGCUCUGAAUAAUGCUUGACGAACGCCCGAUUACAGUCCAUCCAACAUAGUGAAUGACCUCACAGUGGAUUUAGAAUUGGCUCUGGUUGUGAUGUACCAACGUAGCACCGCAUUCUGCAUGUGCAUCUGACGCUAUGACGGCAUCUGAAUGUACAUAACGCACAUGUGUGUCAUGGUAGCCAUUUGGUGCUUUGGCAUCAUGUCUCGUCGAUUACCGUGUAGUGGUUAUGUUUGUCCCCCGUGUCCACCGUUGAAUGUGACUGUUUAAUGAUGUGCUAUAUAAUCUUAAUAUUGUUUGUGUAUGUGUGUGUGUGU